AUGAAGAUCUCGUUAAAUAUCAUCAUCUCUCUGUUUGUUUCGCUCACUUAUGCAAUUAUAAUUCCUAUCAAUCAGCAAUCUCAUCAGCUGUUAAAGCGUGCCCCACAGUUGAAGGAUAGUACUUUUACUACAGGUGCUGAAGUACCUUUCAGCUCUAUUGAGUCUUCUUCCACUCAAGGUAGUUCAUCUUUUACACCCUUUCCAGAUAUUCCUACAUCUACUUUUUCCAGUGUACUCCCCGCUCCUUCUGCUAGCAGUGCCUCUCCACCACCUGCAAAAAGCUCGGGUAUGCAAAAGUCGCCUCCCAUAUCAACAACCCCAAAAGCGAAUGCAGGUUCCAACUAA